CUAUAGCCUGUAAUCAAGCUGCGAUAAUAUUGCGUUUAUAUUGUAGUUCACUGAUCAGUUCUAAUUGAGUGACCUUCUCCAUGUUGCACCACCAUAGACGACGUUUUGUCUAGAAAAAUUCACGAGGUAAAUUGUUCGAACUUUACCGAAUUUUGCUCUGAUUCAUUAUAUUUUGAUUAGUAUCACUUCGUUUGUAACGUAAUGCUGUGAGGUGAAUAGAUAGGAUUACAUCUCUUGUUGUGUUGAUGUUAUUUAAAUGGUUAUUUUCACUAUCAAGUGGCUGUAAUGUUACUUGAGUACUUGCUUUUUUAUCAUAUUUAACAUGUGUCCAUGCCACACGACUGUUUUGUAUGCUCCCCAGUUAACAUGAUUAUGUUCUAUAAAUGUACAUAUCGAUUACAUUGCGCAACCUUGUUUCUCAGAACUGAAUGACUUCAGCCGUUUAGAGAUUGUGCUGAGAUGCUAUGAUUUUUGCUUUACUCUCGUUCGCACUGCUCAUAUGCGCCACUUUUUCCGAGGCAAAGGAACAUGAAGCUAUGGUCAUUUUAAUUCAUGAUAGCGCCUUAAGCAAGAGAUGUGACUCCUUUACGAUCAGUGAUGUCCUGUAUUAGCGUUACAUAAGAGACGUGAUCGCUAAAUGUAUGACUCUUAUGUAAUUCUAUAUCACACUAAACAUUCCCCUCAUUGUUUGCAAAAUAACAAAAAAAAUUAAAAACUAAACAGUUUGGGUUAUCUCUCAGCGUGGGCUACUGCGGAAAGAUGCAUGCAUUAUUCUGCACGUCAAAUGUAUGGGCAUAAAUAAUGCUUUAAACGAGCGACCGUACAUCACGAAAUGAGCAGUUCGUUCUUUUUUUUUUUUUUUUUUCCAAGUAGUGUUCUCAAACUUUUGCGAACUUAAGUGUUUUCUUUUGCAGAUUGUUUAAAAACUUUUGUAACAAAACUCUUAUUGAAUUCAGUUUUCGCAUGAUAUGAUGUUUUUAUCAAACUUCGUGCCUGUGUUAUCUGUCUCAGCCAUCGGUUUCGGCAGAUGGCUCAGACCUCGGUUUUGAUAAUUCAUAGUAUCAUGCUCAACCUUAUGCAAUAUUUACUUAUCGUUAUUAUUAUUAUUAUCAUUAUUAUAUUCUCAACGAAACGCCGGCGAUCUUCAUAGGCUCUAAGUGCACUUUACCCAAUGCCAAUUUAUUUUAUUAAUUUAUUAAUUUAUUUUCCAAUGGUUUGGAAAAUGCACGCAUGUUUACUUUGACUGAUUGAUCGUUUGAACGUUGAUUGUGACAAACGAACCAAGCUUUGUCAACUUCGAAGUAUUUAAAAAAAUAACUGUUUUAUUCAUCUUUAAAAGCUUGAAUUUUGAGGUCGUACAAUACACAAAUUCUGUUUUCCACUUUCUUGCAUCAAAGUUGUCAUAUAUCGGUUCUAGGCUGAGAACUGUAAGCUCACUACGGACACAUCGUAGCCACGCCUGUAAACUUAUUUACUCCUAAAUGUCUUGGACAGACAGGGCUUCUUGAUGACGGAAAGUGAUGGACACGUUUUAAGUUAUUCUCUACUGGCAAUGUUAAAAAAUUUAGCAGCUUUUACGUCAAGGGGCCACUUUUAAGAAGGGUCUGGUCAAGCAAGCUUAAGCGUUGAAACAUCCUUUUUCUGCCCUAGGUUUUCUAUGGCUAGCGCAGCAGCGACAGGUUCCUCAACCAAGGAGACUACGAACUACGCUCGCUUGUGUCGUCUGCUGGUUGAUAUUGGUACCCAGGCCCUCAGGGACACAUUUGAUACCAUCCAUCCACCAGCCAAUCUUCACACAAUUUUAACGGCCAAUAAAACCACCUUACAGUCUUUAAGAACAAGAAAGGUUAUAAACGCGACGCAAUGGGGAAUGCUUUUUCCAGCCAUCCCUACUUCUGUUUCAUCGGCCCAUUUCGACAUCACACUUUUAAUGGCUCUGCUGCGAAACAUAUGCGGCUUACCUUCUCCCGCUGCGGGCUGGGAUACACUUUCUGCUGCAACAGAUGUGAGUCGUGAAGCUGAUAUCGCUCGUGUUAAAUAUUACAGAAACUCUGUGUACGGUCAUGCCGAGUGUGCUUCAGUUGAUGAUGCACUGUUCAACAUAUACUGGGGUGACAUACGGGACACUCUUGUGAGACUUGGAGGAGAAAAGUACAGAGCAGACAUUGACAAUCUUAAAACUGAGUGCAUGGACCCUGAAGUUGAAAAACACUGCAAAGAACUUCUCAGCCAAUGGAAGAAGGAUGAAGAAAACGUUAAAGAUAAACUAGAUGAACUAAUCAAGAAGAUGGAUGAUUUGAAAACAUCAAAUUUGCCUCUAAAGAAGGAAUCUGCAAUCGAAGGUUAAGGAAGCUUUAGUUUUACUACUUUUGCCUGUUCAAAGCUUGUAUAUGGUAAUGGUCUACGACCUGUAACAACAUAAAAGAUCAACUGCAAAGAGAGCAAAGAGAAAAGAGUGUAUUGUAUAGUUUUAACACCCCAUUCACACUAAAGCUUUAAACAUGUUUUAAAGUUGUUUUGUGAAACACGGUUUAAAUUAUUUUUCUUCAAAGAAGCUGCGUAAACAGAUGUUUGUCGACUUAAUACAAGUUAGUGGCUAGUUGAAUCCUAUGGAAAAUUCAGUUUUACAGUUCUCUGUUUCUGAUUUUCAUUACGUUAAACCCAGUUUAACUAAACAUGUUUUUCUCGUGUGAAUGGUAUUUUAAUUACUUUCGCUUAAGUUCGCUUAUAUGUAUGCGUAGGUACUAGGUAUAUAUUACGAAUUACAUGCAAAAUGUCUGGCUCAGGUUUGUUUCAAACAUCAGCAUUAACUUUUUGCUCAUCGGGUUUUCAUUCUGGUAGAAAAUUUUCACAGUAUAGUUUUACUGGAUAGAUACAUGUGCUCUCUCUAUUCCAUCAAGGCACGCACAAGGUCCUUCAAAUGCGGACCUCUUCUCCAAGUACAAGUGUUAACAGCUGCGUUGUUUAAUUUCAGUCUUCAUAGCUUUUGAACGAGUCAAAUUUAUCAAUUAAUUUCGAAAUGGUUCUUUGACACUCAAAUUGGUUUUCUUACGGAAAAAAACUUACAGUUUUAUGAUAUUUCAAUAUCACUCUUUGGAAUAGAACUAGAAGAGAACACUCCAUAACUCGCUUAAUACUUCUUAUGUAAGCAAAUAACUAACAUUCACUUCGAAUUUUUCAUUCGCAUAUUCAUAAGGUGAGUCCACUGUGCUGGAGGGGAUGUUGGAGAACUUUGCGAUGUGUAGAGAAAAAGGUCAUGAGACUGAACCUCUGGAUCGCUAUUGUAACAACUGUAAAGUUUCCAUUUGCGACAGGUGUGGAGAGACUCGUCACACUCAUCACACCAAAGUUAGUAUCCAACAGGCUACUGAGGCAGAAAAACUGAUGUUGGAAGAGACUGUGGAACAAGUGAAAAUGCAAGUGGUUGAACUUGAGAUGCAAAUGAAAACAACGACAGAACUUUUUACAAUAAGUAAAGAGAAAAUCGCCAAAGCUCGUAAGAAUGUUUGGACAACAGUUGAAGAACUCAUUCGUGUAUUGAAAGAGCAUGAAAGGACCAUGUUAACCGAGUUAGACGUUAUUGAAAAAGCACAACAAAGAGAUCAUUCAACACAAUUUGAACUCUUGCAGGCAUCUGUGAACGAAUUUAAAAGCUCUGUGAAGAAUUGCGAGGAAGUCCUACGAAAAAACGUCAGCGUCGAAACUCUACAAGCACAACAGGCUGAAAUUGAAAGGUGCAAAGGUGUUCUAAAAGCGCCAAUAAAGGAGAUUUAUAAGCCAUGUCACCUUCGCUAUCAGACAAAUAAUGAGUACCGCAAGACGUUGACAGGCUCUGCUCCUGGUAAAGUUCUUGUUAGUAAAACCGAUCCCUUAAGGUCACUUUUAGAAUGGAAGGGCUCGAGAAAAGCUGAAGCCGGGGAAAUAAAGAACAUUGACAUCAUAACAAUCAAUUCAGAUGGGGAAAAGUGCUUCCAGGAAAUCGAUGAGAUCAAAGUGAGAGUUCAGAGUCCAACGGGAAUGAACAUCGACCUCAAGUCACUUUACCGGUCUCGUUGGAGAUAUAGUUAUGCUUUCAUACCAUCCUGUGAUGGAGAACAUGAGGUGACAGUUGUAGUUAACGAUCAACCGCUUCCUGGUACUCCCCGGAGGCUCCUUGUGGCUCCAUACCAGUAUCCUUUCGCCUUUAAAUUUCGGACAUGUAGAAAAUUUUCGCAAUUUAAAGAACCCUGUGCUGUUGCAAUGGAUAAUAAGACAGAGAAUUUGGUAAUAGUUGAUCGAAAGAAAAAAAAAGUGCGAAUUUUUAAGUCGUCUAUUCAUGGCAAUUUUAAAGAACUUGGUCAGAGUGAAGCAGUGCUGAAAGACCCCUCCUCAGUUGCAUUCACUCAAUCUGGUAGUGUCAUGGUCAUUUCCGCCGGUUCAAUGAUUUGUUUUACUGCAAGUGGUAAAUUUAUUGCACAGAUCAACAACAAACACUUGAAAGUCCCAUUCUCACUGACUAUUGCACGUGAUGGCCGCAUGGUAGUGUGCGACUCAGGUGACAAGUCAGUCAAGGUCCUUUCCCCUGACGGGAAAGAGUUAUUACAGUCCUUCAGUGCUCCAGACUGUGACGACUACCCAUGGGAGGCUAUUUGUCACCAAGACAAGUUCUUCGUGUCUUACCCCGCGGCUCGUUGUGUUAAAACAUUUAACAAAGACGGGAGCUUUCUUUUUGACAUUGGCAAUGAGAGCGCACGUGAAGGACAAUUGAGUGAGCCGCAUGGACUUGGUGUCGACGCCUUUGGAAAUUUGAUUGUUUGUGACUCCGAAAACAAGACUUUGAACUUUUUCAAGCUGGAGGGAAAGUUUUUAAAGGGGAUUCGCAACAACCUGCUCGAAUGCCCUUGGUCUAUUGCUGUCAGCCCAAACACUCAAUUGCCAUCGUUUCUCAUAGCUGAUCCGGUCAAAAAAAGCGUCAUACUCUUUUGGUAA